CCGCCGCCAUGCCGCUCUUCGCCACCAACCCCUUCGAGCAAGACGUCGAAAAGGCCACAAAUGAGUACAACACGUCUGAAGACUGGGGUCUUAUUAUGGAUAUAUGCGACAAAGUUGGUAGCACUCCUAAUGGAGCAAAAGACUGCCUUAAAGCCAUUUUGAAGAGAGUAAAUCACAAAAUACCCCAUGUUGCUCUACAGGCACUAACCCUAUUAGGAGCCUGUGUUUCAAACUGUGGAAAGAUUUUCCACUUAGAAAUCUGUUCACGUGACUUUGCCACAGAAGUGCGUGGAAUAAUAAACAAGGCUCAUCCUAAAGUAUGUGAAAAAUUAAAAGCUUUAUUGGUCGAAUGGUCAGAUGAAUUUCAGAAAGAUCCACAGUUUAGUCUGAUAUCAGCAACUAUUAAAUCCCUUAAGGAAGAAGGGGUUACCUUUCCUACAACUGUGAAUCAGCAGGGUGUCACAACCGCUGCCAAGAAUAGUGUCUCAUCAAGCAAGAACAAAGAGGAUGAAGAUAUAGCUAAAGCAAUUGAAUUAUCUUUGCAAGAACAAAAGCAGCAACAAAUGGAAACAAAAUCUUUAUACCCAUCUGUAGAAGUUCAGCAGAACAAUCAGAAAAUCUCAAGGAAGGUGCGAGCUUUGUAUGACUUCGAAGCUGUCGAGGACAAUGAACUCACCUUUAAGAGUGGUGACAUUAUUAUGGUUUUGGAUGACAGUGAUGCCAACUGGUGGAAAGGAGAAAAUCAAAGAGGAAUAGGAUUGUUCCCGUCUAAUUUUGUGACCUCUAACUUAAAUGAUGAGCUCGAGUCGGCAGCAGUAGAUAAACCCUCUUCUCCUGAAAAUACUGCAGAGGAAACUGCAAAAGCUGAGCCUGAACCAGUUUGUAUAGAUGAGGGUAAGAUGGAUAAGGCGUUGCAGAUACUUCAGAGUAUAAAUCCAACAGAUCCUAAACCUGAUUCUCCUGAUCUUCUGGAUUUAGAAGAUAUCUGUCAACAGAUGGGCCCCAUGAUAGAUGAAAAACUAGAAGAAAUUGAUAGGAAGCAUUCAGAGCUGUCAGAACUAAAUGUUAAAGUGCUAGAAGCCCUGGAAAUGUACAACAAACUAAUGAAUGAAGCUCCUAUGUAUUCCACAUACUCAAAGAUGCAUUCGUCCACACACUAUCCCCCCACAACAGCUGGUGUUCCAGUGCAGCCAUAUCCCCUCCAUGCUCACAGUGGGAACUAUUUGGUUCACGGUGUUCCUCAAGGCUAUAAUCCCGGGACUGAUCAGAUUGGACAGCUGAGGUCCUUGCCUCCAACUAUGAAUUCAUCAGUAGCAUCUCAGCCUGCUCAGACAGCUUAUCUAAGCACUGGUCUAGAGUCCAGCCCUGCUUACCAGAAUUCUUGCCUUCCACCGCCUAGAACAGUCCCUUAUACCCAACCAAUGAGCCUGCCUAUGGAUAUGCUAGCCUACCAGAACAUUCCUUCUAGUUUGCCUCAAGGAACGUGCUAUCCAGCAGUUCCAGUUCAUUCUCUUCCACAGCAACAGACAAAUUACCAUCAACAGCCUCUUCUGUGAAAAUGCAGAGUCUGUUCCCAAAAACGGUCUCUGAGGUUGCUGACGGUUGUCAUUUAAAUCGCUCUUCAUUGAUCUAAAUGGAUAUUUCUGCUCAAGGGAAAAGACAACCAAGCAAUUUCAAAGCAA